AUGGGUGGCCAACACCACGCGAGGGAUCUGCAGGAGGCGCUGGAGUGCUGCCAGCCGUAUGAGCUUCUGAGUGGGCCGCUGCGGCAGCGGGUGUCGCUGCAGGCGUACAGGCAGCACAGCGUGCACUUCGCCGCGAUGCGGUACCGCAGCUAUCAGCGCCUCCCCGACUUCCUGCGUGCCGGCAUGACGGAGCAGAGCUACUACGAGGUCCUCGUGGCCCACCUGCAGGAAAACCUGCAGCUUUACCCGUACGUGCACAUACGCAAAGUCACUCACUACACGCGCGAGACGCCGCUCAGCUACUACACCACAAUGAUUGCGGAGCUGCUGAAGUCGGAGCGCAGCUACGACACGCUGCCCAACUUCACCGCGGUGGAUGUGCUUAACAGUCUUGGGAUAGGGCGGAACCAGUACCUUGAGCUGACGAAGGAGGUGCGAAGCAAACUCCGCUGGCACAUCAACCGGCAGUUUGUGCGGAGUCACCUGCCCUCCACGCUGCUCCCGUCGGUGACGCUUCCACCGUUUUGGAGCGUCUUUGCCGUGGAGGUGCCGGCGGAGGCGGUCAAGAAGGCCGCGCUGAGCAACGAGGAGUCCGCGUUGCACCGUUACCUCCUCAAACUUCAGGUGGACAAGAAGGACGGCGGUAAUCGUGGCAGCAGCAGUGGGGGCUGCCGCUUCGCCUGUGAGUUUCCCCGCGGCGCCAUCCACGCACUGUACCGCAGGGGCUUUGUCUGCGCCACCUUCUCGGUGGCGCCGGAGGAUCAAAUUGUGGUGCCGCCGCUGGAGCGCUUUGUGAUGAAUCGCACCUCCGACGACCCAACGGAAGUGCUGCUGUACAAGGUGCUCGCCACAGCCGACAAUCGCACCUCGCUGAGCCUCCUCGCGCAGCUGCUGAUGCUUGACGAGGCGGACGUCUGCGCGGCGGCCGAGGUGUACAUUCGCCUCGGUCUUGCGCAGCUGAAGACGGUGCACAUUCCAGAGGAGAUUUUAGACUCCAUGGAGGGCGUGCAUGAAACGUGGCGCGGUGUUGUGCAAGAGCGCCUGUCAGUGGCCUCCGCCGUCUCCGGUGCGGGCGCCGCGUCGCUGUCGUCGCUGACCGCCGAGGCAUCAGAGGCGGCGGGGGGAGGCGCAAGCGGGGACGCGGGCGCCAGCAGCAGGAGCCAUCCACCGAGGCGCAUAGCCCUCCUGUACGACGCCAGUCUCACUGGGUUUCUUAUGAUGACUAACCUGAGCGCCGACCCCACCUUUAAGCAACACGCCGUGACGCUCUUUGAGGUGGGAAAGCUGUCAGAGGAGAUGGUUGGGAGCUUCAUCGAGAAACUGGAGCAGGUGGAUCUCAAGCCGGAGGACGACCUUGGGGGCGAGGCGGUGAAGUACAUUCACAGUGUGCUGAGUCUCCGCGAGGUGCUCAAGGCGCUGCGGCGUGUGGCGGGGCCGGAUAAGGAGUCCGGCGUGGAUAUGCUGAAGGUGGAGUCCAUGAAUGAGCUGGAGCCCACUACGCGGUACUCCGUCUUGGGAAGAAAUUACUGGGCGUAUUUCGUGACCUCCCCCAUAUCGUAUGCCCCACUCAUUGAUGUCGCACUCAAUGGGGUGUACGGAAGCACGGUGAGUCUCAUGCCGUCGCCGUGGAUGACGUUGUACCUCUACAACAAAAUGGGCACUGGACCGCCCUCACUGCUGCUGCCCGUGGGGGCGCGUCUCGUGGCGUGGCCGCCACUGCUGCAGGACACGGAAAAGAGUGUCGCCAGGCUGCGCCUGCAGCCGCUUACGAUGGAUGCGGAAAUUACGUACGUCGAGGCGGCGACGUCGAUUAUUUUGUUGAAUGAAAUGACGGCCAUGGCGCCCAUUUUCGUCCAACGUGUGGAGGAUGUGCCGCUGCAACGCGCGGUGGAAGGCGGAUUUCUGGUGGAGUCGCCCACACACACCGCCCUGGACGUCAUGGUGCCCUUCACCGCCUCGGACGAGGAGGCCGUGGCGUUGCUGCGCGCGGCCGCGCUGCAGCAGUCCCAGGCGACCGCAGUUCACUUUGCCGCUCCCGACGCGACGGUGGAGGUGGGCGCCCUGCAGCGGUUUCUGGACCACUUUCAUUUGGCUGUGGAGGUGAUGCACCUGCAGGACUCCAUCGGGUGCCUCACCUUCCAUGUCUCCCUCCGCGAGGUGGGCGGCGAGGCGGCGGCGGCGGCGGCGCGGUGCUACGCUCUGGGCGACGUGCACAUCAUCGACCUCGGCCUGGGCCCCCCGUUGGCGAGCCCCGACUGCUGCGCCGUCAUGCUGCGCCGCCUCGAGGCGCUGUUGGGGGAGGCGCGCAGCGAGAGCCACAACAGCGCGAUGCGUGAGCUUGCGGCCGACUUUGGUCUCUUCUUGAGCUCCCACUCGCCGCUGACUGCGGCUGCGCGGGAGAAGAUGGCGCUGGAGUCCGCGGCGGUGGCUGGCCCCUCCACGCAGCUGCACGUCCGCCGGCUCGGCGAGGGCGGCAACGGGGGCGCGCCCUUCCCGAGCGCCACAGUUUUCUUCGACGGCGAGCGCCUCUCCGUCGUGGACGAGUGGAACCCGCUCGUGGAACUGUGGCAGGUGUAG